AUGAAGCUCAAUAGGUUUUUGGGGAAGAUGGUCAAUGAGACCGUAACCAUGGAGCUGAAGAACGGCACCCAGGUGCAGGGCACCAUCACGGCUGUGGACACGUCCAUGAACACUCACCUCAAGCAGGUCAAAGUGACCGUUCGGCACAAAAACCCGGUCAAUAUGGCGUUCCUUUCAAUCCGUGGGGCCAACAUCCGGUAUGUGAUCCUUCCAGAUCAUGCUGACUUGAACUUCCUGCUUAUUGAUGAUGCUCCGAAGCAGAACCCGCCCAAGUAUCCUGCAGGCACCAAGAAGAAAGGAGGUGGUGCUGCUGCCAAGGC